UUAUUUUCAAUUAAAAAAUAAUGUUAAAAUCUCACAAUUUUCUUUUCUUAGCUGAACUUCAAUCAUUAUCUAUUCCUGGAACUUACCAAGAAAAGAUUACUCACCUAGGAAAUUCUUUGAUGAGUUUAACAGGUCUAAAAUCUUUAGAUCUCUCACGCAACUCCUUGGUUAGUCUGGAGGGCAUUCAGUACCUGGUUGCAUUGGAAAGCCUCAAUCUCUACUACAACUGCAUUUCCUCGCUAGCAGAAGUGUUCCGGCUCCACUGCUUGACUGAGCUCAAGGACGUGGACUUCCGACUGAACCCAGUGGUGAAGAAUGAGUCUGAUUACCGCCUCUUUGUUGUGCACAUGCUCCCGAAGCUCAGGCAGCUGGAUGACCGUCCCGUGAGAGAGAGCGAGCGGAAAGCAUCCCAGUUGCAUUUUGCUUCAGAGGAAUCACUCGACUCCACACAAAGCUUUCCAGCUGUUUGCAGAGUUGGAAGGCAGCACCGCUCCAGAGUUAAGUGCCCUGACCCCUCAGCCAAGAAGAGCUUAGUCAUGGAUGCGGAUGACGAGGCCGUCCUGAACCUCAUUGCCGAGUGUGAGUGGGACUUGAGCAACCCUCCUAGGAGUACAAGUUCCAGCCAGAAGGAGCAAGAGGAUGACUUCCAUAGUUCCCAAGAAUCCAGACAUCUAUUGAGUCCUCACUUAGUCCAGCACCAGUGUGGGGACUCCAUAAAGAAGGGCCACGAGAAGAGAAAAAGCAGCUCCAGAGGAUGUUGUCCAGAAAAGAGGCUUCAGAACCAGUACUGUGGAGAGCUCCCACCCCAGCAGGGAGACCAGCCCGAGGCCUGCUGCUCCUUCGGACAUCAUGUGCACUUCCUCCCUCACCCAGACUGCAUAGACGUUGAGAACUCAACCUCCACUUCUCAGACAACUAGUUUGUCAACACAAAAGGUGUUAAAUCCUUUGCCUGGUCUUGAAAAGUACAGGAAGCGGAGAAUGCCUGGAGGGAGAUUCCAGGCGCCUGCAGACCAGGAAUGUCUCAGCUGCCUGGAGGAUAGUCUGAGCAGGCAGAACGGCUCUGAGAGCAGGAGCGAGAGGACCCAGAGCAGGAGCGAGAGGACCUGUUCUCAGCUGGAAGCGUCUGAGUCUGAAGAGCAGAGGCCCCACAGCACGAGUGGUGCCAGGGAGGUGUCUCCCAAACUCCUCUCAGCUGUGCCACCUGGGAAGGCCACCAUGGGGGUGGCGCUCCUAGAAUCACUCCUCGACCUGGUGGACAGGCACUGGAGUGGCUGCAAGUCCCUGCAUAGCAACGAGGUGUUCUUGGCUCAGGCAAGACAUGUUUUGUCAUCUGUUCAAGAUUUUACAGCAACUCAGGACAGUUCAACUACGAGUGAAGAAAUUAACUACCUGACUCUUGAAAAUAAAUCUUUACAAAGUCACCUUGUUGAACAACAGCAGCAAUAUAAUGAGAAGAUGAGUGAGGUUGUGUCAGAGCUCAAUAAUACUCGGAAAGAGAUGGAUGACUUGAGGCAACAUUUAGACAGAUCUUUGGAGGAGAAUAGUAGCUUAAAGUCGCUCUUGUGCAGCAUGAAAAGAGAAGUGAAAAAUGCAGAUGCUUCAGCUGCGUUAAACUUGCAGAUCACUGGGCUUCAAACGAAUGUGAAGAGGCUCUCGGGUGAAAUUGUGGAGUUGAAGCAGCACCUUGAACAUUACGACAAGGUCCAGGAGCUCACGCAGAUGCUGCAGGAGAGCCACAGUUCCCUGGUCAGCACCAAUGAGCACCUCCUGCAGGAGCUGGGCCAGGUGCGGGCUCAGCACAGGGCCGAGGUGGAGCAGCUACACUGGAGCUACAAGGAGCUCAAGAAGACCAUGGCCCUGUUCCCAGUCGGCAGCACCCGCCUCAGUGGCUGCUCCUAAACCUGACCGUCCUAGUUGUGUGGCGAGCACAUGCGUUUUCUUUACCUGAUGUAGUAGUUGAUGAGAGUUGUUUCUUCUGUUUGCAGUUAUCUUGUGAUUUCUGAAAUGUAAUCAGGGCCCACAGUUCAGUUUGCUAAGACGUUCUAAAAAGACAGGAUUAAUCCAGGCCCUUCACAUGUUUUGAGACAAAAUACUGACAUAUUUUAAGACAAACUGUUUGUUAAUUUUUCAUCAAAUGUCUUAAGAUAAAAAAAAAUCUUGUGUUUUUCUGCCUAAUGUAAAAGAGAACUAUGUAUGAUGAUUAAAGAAAAUAAUUUAUUGUAUAAUAAGCAGUUCUUAUUUAAUAAAUGAAUACAUUGUUCUAAAAA